AUGAACGCUGGCCGCAAAUACCUUAAUACUGAUGAUUUAGCUGGAAAAGUUUUUGUGACGGCCGGCCUUGGCGGAAUGUCGGGCGCGCAAGCGAAAGCGGCGAAAAUUGCUGGAUGUGUUGGAGUGAUUGCUGAGAUUAGCGAAAAAGCGCUGAAGAAGCGACACGACCAAGGGUGGCUUGAGAUCUACAGCACGAAUCUUGAUGAAAUCGUUGGCUUAAUUAAAGAGGCGAGAAGCGAGAGAAAAGCGAUUUCAAUCGGAUAUCUCGGGAAUGUUGUCGAUUUAUGGGAAAAGUUAGCUUUGGAAGAGGAAAAUCUCGUGGAACUUGGCUCGGAUCAAACAUCUUGUCACAAUCCUUUUCUUGGAGGAUAUUACCCAGUUGGGAUCACUUUUGAUGAAGCCAAUCAAAUGAUGACCAAUAAACCAAAUGAAUUUAAGGAGCUGGUCAGGGAGAGUCUCCGCCGUCAAAUCGCGGCCAUUGAUAAGCUGGCCAAACGGGGAAUGUACUUUUGGGACUACGGGAACGCGUUUCUUGUCGAAUGUCAGAGAGCCGGAGUCGAGAUGUUGAAAGAAAAUGCGAAAGAUGACAAAGAUUUUCGCUAUCCAAGCUAUUUUCAGGAUAUUAUGGGUGACAUUUUCUCGAUGGGUUUCGGUCCAUUCCGAUGGGUUUGCACAUCGGGAACUCCUGAGGAUUUAAAAGAAUCUGAUAAAAUCGCUUGUCAAGUGAUCAACAAAUUGCUGAAAGGAGACAUGCCUGAAUGGGUAAAGCAACAGUAUGUUGACAAUCGGAAAUGGAUUGUCGAAGCGGAUGAGCACAAAUUGGUGGUGGGAACACAGGCUCGCAUCUUGUACUCGGAUCAAGCCGGCCGUACCGCGAUCGCUCUCGCUUUCAAUGAAGCUGUCAGAAACAAGAGAAUUACGGCCCCAAUCGUGAUUUCGAGAGAUCACCAUGAUGUAUCGGGUACCGAUUCUCCGUUCAGAGAAACCGCAAACAUCACUGAUGGAAGCGCUUUCACUGCUGAUAUGGCCGUGCAAAAUGCGAUUGGGGACGCGAUGAGAGGAGCCACGUGGAUCUCUCUGCACAAUGGAGGCGGUGUCGGAUGGGGCGAUGUGAUAAAUGGUGGAUUCGGAAUGGUGCUAGAUGGAGAUCUGGAAACGGAUCGUCGUGCUCGUUCGAUGCUCUCAUGGGAUGUAUCAAAUGGAGUGGCAAGGAGGAGUUGGUCAGGGAAUGAUAAAGCAAAAGAAGCCAUUAUCAGAACUCAAAAGACCGUCUCCGGGCUUGAGGUGACUGUCCCGUAUCAAGUUGAUCAAGAACUUCUUCAAAACUUUUUUAAC